CCUCCUCUGCUGAACCUUUCCCGCCAUGGCCCAUAUCGUACACACAUGACUAGGUUCCCACCAUGCACCUCCUUACAUCAACGCCCCAAGAAGUCUAGAGCCACUAGAACACAACUACCUUUCAGCUGCCAUGGGUGCCACCACUCCACUUGUGAUAGUAUGUGUUGUGCUGGUGUCUGCCGUGGUAGGUGAGAGGAGACUCUCCCCAGCUAUCCAGGCUUUGGCUGAUGAAUACUUCAGUUGGCGAAUGAAGGACAUGCCCGAAUUUGCGUCGUUUGUCGGUAUCCAUGACUAUGAUGACCAGCUGGAUGACAUGUCCCUCUCGGCUUACCAGAAUCGCUUUGAAAAGAGCCAGAUAUUUUUCCAGCGUGCCGUGGAUUUGAGGAUGAACACCUCUACCCAUGAGGACGAACUCAACCUCAAGAUCCUUGAAUCGGAACUUCUCACAUUCAUUGACGGUUUUCCUUACUAUGGAUUUUUAGCGCCACUGACGUUCAGUGAGGGUGUUCAUGUGGACCUGAAGCGUCUCAUCUCAUGGAUGGUCUUCGAGACAACUGACGACUAUGAGAAAUUGUUGUCUCGAUACAGCAAGCUUCCUCAGCAGCUGAGCCAAAUCCAAAUGCUGAUGGAGGAAGGCGUCCGUCAAGGAAUUGUAAACCAUGCCAUUUCAAUGAAAGGAGUAUCGCAGAAUUUGGGAAGGUAUGUAGUGGAAACUGCUGAGGAGUCUCCACUGUGGGAAGCGUUGAUUGACUUCCCCGAAGAAUUCACCGAGGAGCAAAUUUCUCAAUUACAGGAACGGGGAAGAAUCAUUAUCACCCAGCAGGUCUCGCCGGCUUUUCAACAACUACGUGAGUUCAUUGACACAAAGUACACGACCCGUCCUGAGAUAUCUGUCACCAGCCUCCCAGAUGGCGAGGCACGCUACAACCAGCUCGUCAGGUUCCACACAUCCACCAGCACGCCUGUGCCAGAGAUCCAUCAACUUGGACUUGAAGAGGUCGAUCGCAUUGAGGCUGAGAUGGCAAAAAUCGUGGCUGAGUUGGGGUACAACAUGUCUGUCCCAGAAUUUUCCUCCAUGAUACGCAACGACUCUCGCUUUUAUUACGACGACCCCGACUCUCUAAUCGAGGGAUUCAGGAACCUUGUAUAUGAUGUCAUCAACCCCAGAAUUUCUGAUAUUUUCAAUAAUAUUCCGGACGCUAAGCUAAGUGUGGUACCGGAUCCUUCCCCUGAUGGUGCAGGUGCCUUCUACUUGGCAGGAUCGUAUGACGGCUCUCGCCCAGGAAUAUUCUACGUCAAUACCUACCACUAUGACGCCCAACCAAAGUACAGUAUGAUGACACUAUCACUGCAUGAGGGAAACCCCGGCCACCACCUCCAGACCUCUCACUCCAUUGAGUCGCCAAAUAUGCCUUUCUUCAGAAGAGUGACUGAGGACCGCAACUACUGUCACUCACCCUCAAGAUUCCCCAUAAACACAGCAUUUGGGGAGGGUUGGGGACUGUAUGCAGAGAGUCUGGGCUUCGACAUGAAUUUGUUCGAAGAUCCUUAUGACAGGUACGGUCAUUACUCCGAUGAAAUCUUCCGCGCCUGUCGGUUAGUUGUGGACACUGGGAUGCACGCUCUCGGCUGGACGCGCAAAGAGGCUGUGGAGUACAUGUUCCGACACACGGCUCUGGCUCGCGUGGAAGUGGAGAACGAGAUCGAUCGGUACAUCACAUGGCCCGGACAGGCACUGGCUUACAAGAUCGGUGAUCUGAAGAUUGAAGAGCUGAAAGCAAAGGCUAGGGACAUCCUGGGACUGGACUUUGAUAUCAAAGAGUUUCAUCAAGUUGUUCUGGAAGCUGCCGGCCCAUUAGAUCUGCUGGAAGAAGAAAGGUGGACAGAAUGGGGCUGAGAGAAAGAAAAAAGUCUUGUGCAGUGAGGCCGCGGGAGGAGGGAAAGCAGAAGAACAGUUAACAUGAAAAUAGCGGUAGAAGAUACCAAGAGAUGCAAGAUAUUGCGGCGAUGAGAGAUAGGCUGAAGACAGAC